UAAAACCCUAAAGGCUAAAACCCUUCACGCAAUCUACUGCUCUACUCUCUUCUUCCCCCCGAAGGUUUAAAAUGGCAAAAAAUCCAAAGGUUUUCUUUGACAUAGCAGUGAAAAAAUGCAAGGCAGGAAGAAUAGUAAUGGAGCUAUUUUCAGACGUGACCCCCAAAACCGCAGAAAACUUUCGCGCUCUGUGCACAGGAGAGAAAGGAAUCGGAAAAUCUGGGAAACCCUUACAUUACAAGGGCUCUCAAUUCCACCGCAUUAUUCCGGGCUUCAUGUGCCAAGGCGGGGAUUUCACAAAAGGCAAUGGAACAGGUGGAGAGUCGAUAUAUGGAGCGAAGUUUGAUGAUGAGAACUUCAAGCUGAAGCACACUGAACCCGGUCUUCUAUCGAUGGCAAAUGCUGGGGCAAACACGAAUGGGUCCCAGUUCUUUAUCACCACCGAUAGGACAACUUGGCUUGAUGGGAAGCAUGUUGUGUUUGGGAAGGUGGUUGAUGGGUAUAGCACUGUUGUUAAAGCCAUGGAGCGCGUUGGUUCGCCUCAAGGGAACCCUUCUGCAGAGGUUGUGAUCGAAGAUUGUGGAGAGAUUACUGAGAACUAGCAGCUGCCAGUCAGUUGUCAAAACCGUUGUGAAUAAAUUGGACGAGUCCAGCUCCUCUCCAUCUCCUACCACCCAUUCCCAGUUCAUUUCUUUUUCCUUCGUAUCUUUCCCUACCUUUUUCCCUGUAUCUUAGUCAUCCAUAUACCCCCCCACCUGUUUAUUUCCAUCCUUCAACGGAUGUUCUAUAUAUGGUUUAGCUCAUUUUAAGGAUGCUAGUUAUAUUACGUGCAUUCACCCUAUGGAUUGUUGUGGACUUGUCGGUGAAUUGAGUUUUGGGCAAUGAAAGAACCAGACAGAAAGCUUUUGAUUAUCAAUGAGUUGUAUGUGUGUUAUUUUUGUUUGCCAAUUAAAUUCAUUGUGUGGUAAUAAAAGACUAAGUAAGCAUUUUUGUUACUAAGGAA